GUCACAUGUUCAUUUUUCCAUCUCACAUGACCUGUUGUUUGGCCCCGUGAUCAAGCUUGCUUUAUUUCCUGGCAAAUUCAAACAUCAAUCAAAAAGUCACAUGGAUAUGCUAGAUCAGGCACUGGAUUCCAGUCAUAAAAAUGGAUCGCCUGUUAAUGAUGAAUCUGACCACUUGGGUGUACAUCAGGGCUGUCCAGAUGAAGAAUCACCUGAGGAACAAGCUGUCGCCAUUGCUAGUGUAGCACCCAAUCAAACAACCUUGACCCUUGACCCUUCCCAGGUCCAAUAUCAGUUAGGACAAGGUCCCGUCACAUAUCGUGUUGUACAGGUGUCGCAGGAUGGGCAGGAAGCCACGGCCCAGGUGGUCACCUCAUCACCGUUUGUGGCCGGGCAACAGGCCAUAGUCCAAAGUCCAUUCAGCAAUGGAGGAAGUCCCACCCCCGACCAGAACGAAGCCCGUUUCACCUAUUUCCCACAGGUGGCAGCAGCGGGUGAUAACGUGGCCACCACCGACGCAGUCAACGUGGUGUCAGCAUUGGGAUCGGUGUCGACGACGGGAGGUCAGUUUUAUGUGAUGAUGUCACCACAAGAUGUGUUACAAGGUCAGAGGAAUAUCGCCCCUCGGACGUCGUUCUCUCCCAAGAUUGAAGGACGCUCCACACGAGAUGAUAGGAGAAGAGCCACACACAAUGAAGUUGAAAGGCGUCGGCGAGACAAGAUCAACACAUGGAUCGUACAGCUGUCUAAACUGGUGCCCGACAUUACCCUGGAGAGUACCAAGUCCGGACAGAUCCCCGCCAGCAGCAAAGGUGGAAUACUGGCGAAAGCGUGCGACUAUAUCACGGAGCUGAGAAACGCAAACGCCCGAAUGGGGGAAAGUUUAAAAGACACGGAACGGAUUUCGGUUGACGCUGAACUUCUACGCCAGCAGUGUGAGGAAUUGAAACAGGAGAACAAUAUUCUGCGUACUCAGCUGCAGCAACACGGGAUAGUGCCACAGGACUUGGCACCCUCAUAACAUCGGCCACUCCCUGUGCGUCCACACCUCACCCACCACGAUAAAAACAAAACAAAGAUAAUUGUUACUGUGUGCGCCUUUGUGAUGGGAAGAUAAUCGUAAUGUGCGUCUUCACUUCACCCACUACGAUAAAAACAAAACAAGGAUAUUUGCUAGUGUGUGCGCCUUUGUGACAGGAAGAUAAUCAUAAUGUGUGUCUCACUUCGCCCACCACAAUAAAAACAAAACAAGGAUAUUUGCUAGUGUGUGCGCCUUUGUGACAGGAAGAUAAUCAUAAUGUGUGUCUCACUUCGCCCACCACAAUAAAAACAAAACAAAGAUAAUUGCUAGUGUGUGCGCCUUUGUCACGGGAAAAUAAUCAUGAUGUGUGUCUUCGUGGCAGAUAAUCAACAAGUGCAUUGUGGGAUUGCUAUCAGAUUUUUUCUUUCUUUCUGUUCGGAGAUCAGUUGUGUUGAAGAAUAAUUGUGGGUAGAAAUCACUGAGGAAAUAUCUCGAUAUUAAUACGUGUUUUAGUUUACAGCUGAAAUUCUGUAAAGGUUACCAAUCUGCAGGGAUCGAAUUUAAUGUUGGCACCGACAGCAAUUGCUGUCGUUGAGAUGUAAAUUGCUGUGCGUUAGGAGUAUCACUGAUGGCACGUUUGUUCCGUUUUAAGAAUUUCUGCCAUCGGUAAAAUUCAUCAACAACAGCACAAUGAAUAUAUUUGGUAUACAUUAUCUGCCAGUAUUUAACAUUUAUGCAAUAACCUUUCAGUCAUAUUUAUUUGCAGCAAAAGUUACUUUAUUAAAAACUGUCAUAGACUGGCUCAGAAUUGCUGUUGGUAGGCCAUUACUUAAGUUCGAGCCCUGAAUCUGUAAGUCAUCUUUAGGUAACUAUUCUAUGUAUCAAUAACAAAUCGGGGUUGACCCUGUAAUAAAUUUUCAUUGAGCCAGUUUUCAUAUAUGUAGAGUAUUUCCUUGAACAUUACAUAAGAUUUGUUAAUUUAAGGAAUAAUUUAUUAGCCAAAAACGAAAUUGUUUAGCCACUUUGUUCUAAAAUUGGCUAAUUUGGCAAUGGACAGGGUGAGCCCUGCACAAUUUAUUUGUGAAACAACAAGCAAAAAAACCCUCGAUAUAUAAUAAAAUUUUAAAAUCCAAAACAUUGGUUUUGAAAUUUUUGACUAAAGUUCAGUUUUCGACAAUCGGAUCCAUGAACACAUGACAUUUCAGAAAUAAAACCCCACGUUUAAUGGAUCAUUUACAUGACCUUUACAUCUCAGUUCAUCUGUAGAGCACAGCAUUUCUUGAGUCUCUCACUGAUUGUGUAUGACAGUCAUCCAGUAUUUACUAGUUCAAUAACUUGCACAGCUCUUUAUUUGCUGCUUGUACUUGUUUCGAAAACUCGUUAGAAAGUACAGUAGAAUCUCAUUGGGUUGAACUCUGAAGGGUCGAAAUUUGGCGUAACUCUUGAACCAGCAAUAAAGUCCCGAGUUACACAUAGGCCUACACGUUGUUGAUCAAGUGGUUAGGUCGAAUUCUGAAGGGUCCAAUACAGCGCAACGCUUGAACCAAAAACGUAGUCUCGAGUUGCACUUGAACAUUGUUGACCGAAUGUUUAGGUCGAACUACCUGAUGGGUCAAGCACCGAUGGGGUUCGAGCCAAUGGGAUUCAACUGUACUUGUACUGUAGAUAAUAAACGGGCAUCAGAUUUGGGGAUUUUUAGGAUUUCACUGUGUUCGUAAAUUUGCUUAAUAUAGAUAUUUUGUGAUUCCAUUUCACAAUGUUAUGCUUCGGAUCCUAAUUCUGGAAUUUGCGGAAGCAUUGGAAUCCUGUAAACUUUGCAGCCCGAUAAAUAUAUUUAGAGUAAUACUUUUACCGAGAAAUAUAUUUAGAGUAAUACUUUUGCCAGGAAAUAUAUUUAGAGUAAUACUUUUGCUGACAAAUAUAUUUAGAGUAAUACUUUUGCUGACAAAUAUAUUUAGAGUAAUACUUUUGCAUAGAAAUAAUGUUCAAUCAAAAUUGAUUCUUAUAAUUUUGAGAAUCGAAUGAGUCUGUGUAUAUUGUUUGGGUUUUCCAGGCCUAAAUGUGUGUAAUAAUUGUACCUCGGGUUGUGAGAGUAAAUGAAUAUCCUGUUGUAUACAAUAACUAAAUGAAUGGUGCAUGAAUUGACAAGCUCUGAUUCUUCUUAGCUGAAUACAAUUCACUUUGAUUGGAAGGAAUUUGAAAGCUGCACCCUAACUUAACAAUGAUGUAUAUUUGUUCAGCUCUCUAGAUAUAUUAACUUUUCCAUCUAGGAGCCAGGUAGGGCCUACUUGUAUUUUUAUAUAGGUAGUAUGAAACAUUUUAGUCGCCAAAUGAAAAAAAUUAGUCACAAUGUGGAGGGCUGAUGUUGUAAUUAUACCUUUAUACGGAGGACAAUAUUUCAAAAUCUUAGAUAACUGGAAGUCGGUUCAUAUGAGUUUUACUUAGGUAACCAAUUGUUCUGUUACGUGAAUAUAGUUCUCGUAACCAAUGAGUCAGGCCUACUUAAUCCUAAAACACUUGAACUACGGUUCUGUGCUACAUUGGUGUUUCAAAAAUAUAAACUGAUUUUCACUUUCAUUACUGAUAUAUGGUACUUUUAAUUUUAGAAUGUAAUUGUUCACCAUGUAACUGAUUGACUGUUCUCGUUAUUUUAAAGUUGCAUAACCGACACGCGAACAGAACAACGGUCCUUGUGGAAUAUUGUGCCCUGUUUAUACAUACAUCAGUGUUCAUUUUUCAGAAGAUAGAAAAAUUUCUCUGGAUGUUUAUGGAAUUUCCACACUACCUAAAAUCUGUUCUUGUGUUUGAACUUUGGUUAAAAGCUCACAGUAAUCAUAUCAUUAGUUUUCAAGUCCAUGCAAAUUUUCUAAAUAUUUUUUCCAUGUCAUUUUUAUCUCUUUCUUUUAGCUGUAUUUCUUUUCAUACAUAUUCUGACCUCUGACCCUACUGCAUUUUCCCUCUUAGUCUUAUGGACUAGCCCGAUCAUCCCAACAUAGCUGUAAUCUGCUGUUAUUCAUUGUCAUCUGUGCUCAAUGCUUAUAUAUUUAUAUCACUGCUUUAAAAAUGCUUUUCUUUUUACAAUUAUUUGAAUUUUAUUUCCAUUUGAAUUGGAGCAUAUAUUGAUACCUCACAAAGAACUUUGACAUUCUUUUAAAUGUGUUCACCCACCAGUGUACAUGUAUUAGAGUUAAGAGGGUGUAUACCACCAAAUAAAAUCCUGUAGAUAAUCGUAGUAGCAUAUUAUGUGUGUAUUAGUGCUACAAGCAAUGUUUUAGUGAACAUGUACACCACAGAUGUAAAGAUUACAAUACCUCAGCCUUAAAAUAAAUCAAAAAGAAUGGGUGUGUCAAGCCAAUAGUUUUCCAGAUUUAACAGACCUGUAGCGUCCUUUACAACCCCAGUCCCGCACAAGAACAUAGGAUUGGAUUUGAUACAGUUUUUGUGAUGUUUCGACAAAAUGUGUGGGGGGAAAUCUGACAUAAAAAUAAGCUUACCAAAUUUUUUUGGUCUGAUAAAAGUGUGGUGAAGGAAUGCAGAGAAGCAGAGAUGAAACUGGAAUCAAUCUGGAAUGAAUAACCCACUUGAUGACAGGUCCUGUCACAUACAUUGGCAUAUCUCUAGUGGCAUUUGAGGCACUAUCAAGUGCUCUAUACUUAAAACUUUGACUCGAAUUUACGAAGCGUGUUUUUUUUUAAACACUGGUUUUUUUAAGCAAUGUAAAUGUAUGUAGUUACACUCGUGUAAGACCUAAACACUGGUGUUUUUAAGCAAUGUAAAUGUAUGUAGUUACACUCGUGUAAGACCUAAACAGGCUUUGCAGUGUUCGAAAUAAGCACUUGUCCGUUUGCCCUGACAAGUGAAAAUCUAUUCAGACAAGCAAAAUGUAACUUGGUAGUUGUCCAGUGGACAAGUAAAAAAUUUCAGUGUAGUUUCUCUCUCUCUCUCUCUCUCUCUCUCUCUCUCUCUCUCUCUCUCUCUCUCUCUCUCUCUCUCUCUCUCUCUCUCUCUCUCUCUCUCUCAUUUUAAUCCACACUAUUCUAUUCUGUUAUGUUUUUCUUUCAUUCUCUUUUGUGUGCUGUUUGUUUCCAUAUACAUUGAGAUCUUGUUUUCACUUCUUUAAAAUUAUUUUUGUUCAUUCCAUUAGUGUGUUUUAACUAUAUAUAAUUUUCUAGUGAUAUUGUUCCCUUCCUAUCAUCUUUUUUGUUGUUGUUGUAAACAAUAUGGUGCUCGAUUGUGUUUCAGUUUUAAGUGUGGGGGAAUGUUGGCUUUUCUUUACAUUUUAUUCUCUUCAAGAGUUGCAACCUAAUUUACAAAAAGUAUUUGUUAGUUGUGUGUGCCCUUCCUAAACAGCCGUGUAUAUUUAAUAGUUUACAACAAAUACAGUUUAACAAUGCACUGACCGGCCUCGGUGGCGUCGUGGCAGGCCAUCGGUCUACAGGCUGGUAGGUACUGGGUUCGGAUCCCAGUCGAGGCAUGGGAUUUUUAAUCCAGAUACCGACUCCAAACCCUGAGUGAGUG